AUUGUUAUUUCUGGCAUCUGGAUAAAUAAAAAAUUCGAGCAACUUGCCUCCACCGUUCCCGUGGCUGGAUAUUGGGUUACCUUGGAGAGUACUUAUAUUUUCAAAUAUGAAACCGCAAUAAGAUGGAGUAUCUAUGCCUGCGAGACAGGGCACGCGAGGAAUUUCGCUGUUUUUCAUGAAAAUGCAUUGAAGAAUGUAAGCAGUGUUUUGGCAGCGCAGGGCAAAAUUAAGGGCAUGUAUCUACAGCCUUAUUCCGUUCAGAACAUCUAA